UCUUCCAGCUCUGAAUACCGCACGAGCAGGAGGCAUGAGGACUGAUAACGAACGUUAGUGGGAUACAGCGCUGGUGGAUGUACGGAAGAAGACGGAGGACACAUUCUGCUAUGCUGGGCUCUAGUCAGAAUGGGUGAGCGUCAGACCUACGUGAAGCUCAGUGAAGAGAAACUUAUACCAAAGUCUGACAUCUUGUCACUGCUUAGGACCUACAACUGUUACCACGAAGGGAAAAACUUCCAGCUGAGGACCCGCGAGGAGGAUGGAGAACUCAUCCUCGAGGGUUUACUGAACAUCUACUGGGGUCUGCGCCGACCAAUCAGACUUCAGAUGUACGACGACAACGAAAGAUUCCGUGUCAACAGAUUUACUGUGGCAAAGCAGCUCUCAGCCGAGUCUAACAAUAACUCACUGAGCAUCGAAUCUGAGCCAGCUAGUGGUGACCCGUGUGGUCAGGAGGAGGAGGAUUCUCCUCAGCUGCUUAGAACCAGGAGUGAUGCUUCCUUCAUGCGGGUUCAGAGGAGGUCAAAGACACACACUGCCAGAGAUUUGCAGCGUUUGCGCACACACAGGUUCUCAAUCAACGGACACUUCUACAACCACAAGACUUCUGUAUUUACUCCAGCCUACGGUUCGGUCACUAACGUACGAGUGAACAGCUCCAUGACGACUGGACAAGUCCUCAACCUGCUGCUUCACAAGUUUAGGGUGGAGAAUAAAUCCGAAGAGUUUGUACUAUAUAUGGUGCACGAGUCUGGCGAAAAGACCAGACUCAGGGAAGGUGAAUACCCGCUGGUGGCUCGUGUGCUUUAUGGACCCUGUGAGAAAAUCUCCAAGAUCUUGAUCACGGAGGCUGACCUGGGAGAGGAAGUCACAUAUGAUGUGGCCCAAUAUAUAAAGUUUGAGAUUCCUGUUUUAGACAGCUUUGUAGAGAAACUUAAAGAGGAAGAGGAACGUGAGAUAAACAAGCUGACCAAAAAGUACAGCUCUCUGAAGUCUCUGAUCCAACAUCAGCUUGAAGGCAGAGCUCACACCACUGACAGAAUAUGAGGGUUUCUGUAUGCACUGAUGUAACCUGUGUGUGUGUGUGCGCGUGUGUGUGUGUGUGUGUGUGUGUGUGUGUGUGUGUGUGUGUGUGUGUGUUCAUGUGUUGUAUGUGUGUGUGAGGGGUAGGGUGGGUUCAACACUAAUGAUUGUUGAUUUCCUUUGGGAACAUUUGCCAAUACUGUAGUAAAUAUAGAGGUAGAGGUUAAAGGGGUAAAAGUAAAGGCUGCAAUAGAACCAUAUCAGACACCAACGUGCUUCUACUUUUAGAAUGACAUAUCUCAACCGUUUGUAUGAUCUUUUAAUGUUAUUGCUGUGAAGUGUAUCACUGCUUUGAUAUCUCUGCUAUUAAUAUAUUUGCAUUUUGUAUGACAAUUCUUACUGAAAAUGUGGAUAUUUAUACAAUCUGUUUUUGGUAAUGUUUUCUCGGACCUUUUUAUGUAAUAAAUUUGUUUUAGUGAGGCCUCUA